AUGCCCGUCACUGCCUUCUCCACGCCGGAGAAAUAUACCUACCAGAGCGGCUUCGGCUCCUACCACGAGACUGAAGCCAUAGAGGGGGCCCUGCCAGUUGGCCAAAACUCGCCUCAGAAGCCCCCAUAUGGCCUCUACGCUGAGCAGCUGUCUGGAACGGCCUUCACUGCUCCUCGACACGAGAACCUGCGGUCGUGGCUAUACAGGAUAAUCCCCCCUGCGUCCCACCGCCCGUUCGAGGAGGUUGACGCCGCGACCUAUCAUACAAACCUGAGCAAGGAUGCCACCUCGCUCCGUCAGAUCCCCAACCAGCUUCGAUGGAACCCCUUCGACCUCGACGAGAACGUCGACUGGGUCCGAGGCCUGCACCUGGUCGCCGGGGCCGGAGAUCCUGCUACGAAGCAAGGGUUGGGCAUCUUGCUCUUCGCUGCUGGCAAAGAUAUGGGCAAGGAAGCUUUCUACUCUGCUGACGGUGAUUUUUUGAUUGUGCCCCAGCACGGAGUAUUGGAUAUUCAGACCGAGCUGGGUAGGAUCCUUGUCCGUCCCAAUGAGAUAUGCGUUAUUCCCCGUGGAGUUCGCUAUCGAGUAACGCUUCCCGAUGGCCCUGUUCGAGGAUACAUCUGCGAGCUGUACCAGGGACACUACCAACUCCCCGAGCUAGGCCCUAUUGGAUCCAACUGUCUGGCCAACGCGCGCGAUUUCCAGGCUCCCACAGCUUCGUUUGACGACGAGGAAGAAUCCAGCGAAUACACCAUCCUCAGCAAAUUCAACAACACCCUCUUCCGCGCCACGCAGCCUCACACGCCCUUCGACGUCGUCGCCUGGCACGGAAACUACUACCCCUUCAAAUAUGACCUGGGACGCUUCAACACGAUCGGUUCCAUCUCCUACGACCACCCCGAUCCGUCCAUCUUCACCGUCCUGACGGGCCAGUCAGACCACCCCGGCACCGCCAUAGCUGAUUUCGUGAUUUUCCCCCCACGAUGGCUGGUGCAGGAGGACACCUUCCGACCACCAUGGUACCAUCGCAACACCAUGUCAGAAUUCAUGGGAUUGAUCAGUGGAGACUACGAUGCCAAAACGGCAGGUGGCUUCAAGCCCGCUGGCGCAAGUCUACAUAACGUUAUGAGUGCCCAUGGUCCAGAUGCGGCGACCCACGAAGGCGCUUCCAACGCUAAGCUUGCCCCAAGUAAAGUUGGCGAGGGUAGUAUGGCAUUUAUGUUUGAAAGGUAA